AUGCAGUUUUCAGACACAAAAUGCGUUGAUCAAAAGAUUUUGUCCGUCUGUUUUAAUUUCUCUAGGACUUGCCUUUUUAGUCACAUGGACUUUUUGAGAAAAUUAAAGUAAAUAACUCUACUUGAUAUACUAUGUAGCAUAAACUUUUGUUGGAAUGUUGCAGAAGAAAGGGAUAGAUUACACAAGGCCUUUAUUCUUUACCAUAUCCUAACUCCAACUCAACAACAAAGUUGAGAGAAAACACUGGUCUUGAGUGGAAAAUGUGAAAAAAAAUUCUGGGCAUUGCUGAAAUUGAAGAAUAAUCCGCAAGAUGGGAUUUUUUGUGGGAUAUGUUCUGGGUUUUGCUAUUGGAGUUAGUAUGAUCGUGGGUUUUGCUCGCCACCAGCAUACCAGAUCAAAACAUCGAACUGAUUUGGCGGCUGCAGUUGCAUCGUUUGCCCGGAUGACUUUUCUAGAUUCAAGGAAACUCCUUCCAGAUAAAUUUUGCCCUUCUUGGGUUGUCUUCUCAGAGAGACAGAAGUUAGAUUGGUUGAAUAGCCACCUUGACAAACUUUGGCCUUAUGUUGACGAGGCAGCAUCUGGGGUGAUAAGAACGUCGCUUGAGCCAAUUCUUGAGCAAUAUAAAUCUGCAAUUUUGGUGUCUCUCGAGUUUUCUAAGUUGACUCUUGGCACCGUGGCACCACAAUUCACCGGAGUUUCCAUGAUCGAUGGUGAACCCGACGAGGUUAUCAUGGAGUUGGAGCUGCAGUGGGACGGAAAUCCGAAAAUUUAUCUUGAUAUUAAGACCAGAGUUGGUAUUUCACUACCUAUACAGGUGAAAAAUAUUGGUUUUACUGGGGUUUUCAGGAUAAUAUUCAAACCAUUAGCUGACGAGUUACCUUGUUUUGGAGCUCUUUGUUAUUCACUGAGAGAAAAGAAAAAACUAGACUUUACACUGAAAGUAGUCGGAGGAGAUCUAUCAUCAAUUCCAGGAAUAUCUGAUGCUCUUGAGGAAACAAUACGAGACGCUGUGGAAGAUUCUAUCACGUGGCCAGUCCGUAAAAUCAUACCGAUAUUACCAGGAGAUUACAGUUAUCUAGAGUUGAAGCAAGUCGGAAUUUUGGAGGUGAAGCUUAUAGAAGCUAAGAAUUUAACAAAUAAAGACAUCAUUGGAAAAUCCGAUCCAUUUGCUGAGUUAUUCGUUCGUCCACUACGUGACAGGAUAAAAACCAGCAAAACAAUUGACAACCAAACAAAUCCAAUCUGGAACGAGCACUUCGAGUUCGCUGUGGAGGAUGUAUCCACCCAAAACUUGACAAUAAGACUUUAUGACGACGAAGGGGUUCAAUCUUCUGAGUUCAUCGGUUGUGCUCGACUGCCACUGAGAGAUCUGGAGGCUGGUAAGGUGAAAGAUGUAUGGCUGAAACUGGUUAAGGACCUCGAGGUUCAACGAGACCAGAAAAACAGAGGUCAGGUGCAUUUGGAGAUCCUGUACUAUCCACUGGACGCGAGCAGUGAAUUGUAUAACCCUUACGACCCGGACUCUGGAUUGACGAUCAUGGAGAAGAUCUACAACCAUGCCAGCGAUGCAGUGGAUUCGUCGACAUCUACUUCAGGGAUGAAAAAGGAAGUCAUUAUUAGAGGAGUUCUUUCUGUGAAAGUGAUCUCUGCAGAGAACUUGCCAGCUACGGAUCAAACGGGAAAGUCCGAUCCUUAUGUGAAGCUAAAGCUCAAGAAGUCUGAACAGAAGGAGAAAACUAGGGUAAUUAAUGAUACAUUGAAUCCUGUUUGGAAUCAGACGUUUGAGUUUGUUGUUGAGGAUGGGCUGCACGAGUUACUAAUUUUGGAAAUUUACGACCAUGAUUUAUUCGGGAAGGACAAAAUCGGAAGAUGCAUCAUGACGCUCACCCGGGCUAUACUGGAAGGAGAAUUUACAGAGAGUUUCCCUCUUGACGGCACUGAGUCCGGAAGGUUGAAUGUGCAUGUCAAAUGGGCGCCACAAACGAUUACUCGAGAUUAAUCGGAUGUACUGGUAAGCCAACAAGUAUAGAGGUGUGGUGUUAUCGACCAUUAUAUUAUGUGACUCGAAUACGAAACAUUUGGCCUCGAGCAAUAACCACUCUAUCACUAGGCCAACGAGAGUAAUACUCCGAGAUUGUUCCUAGAGUGAACUUUGCUCAUCAUAGCUCUGUAAAUUCAAAGCAGUGUCUUGUAAUUUCACAGCUUAUACAAAUUUGCCACCAUUUUUUGUUA